AUGGCUUCAUCACGGGCUGAAGCCAAACCGAAGGCGGCCAUCUACCGCUCAAAUUGCCCACCGACCAAUUAUCCCACAAACGUCUCUCUGUCACAAUUUCUCGUCGAAACCAAUCCAGAACAAAUUCAAGACAACAAGGUCACUUUGGAGGACAACUGGACCCGGAAACGCGUUACUUACGGCGGUAUACGUGAGGCCGCCUCGAAAGGCGCAUGGGGCCUCCGUCGAACACUCGACUUCCAACGUGGCGACGUCGCGGCGAUCCUCUGCCCCAAUGCCGUUGACUGGAUGGUGUUUGCGCACUCUGCUUUGUGGGCAGGAGGGAUUGUUGGUGCAAUCAACCAUCUGGCCUCCGCUCCCGAGCUCGUGCAUUACCUCCAAGUGUGUUCACCAAAAGUGGUGGCUGUCUACAGGGACCUGCUCCCAGUGCUUCUGGAGGCGCUGUCCUUGAUGAAGCUUCGGCGAGACAAGUAUCCAAAGAUCGUAUCAUUGUGUGGUCGUGCAGCUGAUCUGCCACUGUUUCCGGAUGAUAUCAGCGGAAGUGCAGCACACGAGGCAGUUCCACCCCUAGAUUUGACCAACGAAGACAGCCGCAAAGUGCCUGCGGUGAUACUUUUCAGCUCGGGAACCACGGGCAAUCCAAAAGGCGCUUAUCUUUCCCACCAUGGCAUCAUUUCCCACCUUUUGGCGACGCGCAUCGCAGACCCGGACGUAUACAACGGAGAGCAGAGAGAGGUCUUCUUUCCACCGCUUUGUCAUUUGUAUGGCUUCAACGUCGUUGCCAUAGCGUCUGUCUGGUUGGGCAACUACACGCUCCUGAUGAAAACCUACACCUUUGAGGAAUUCAUCCAACGAUCCUCGGAGAUCCGUUGCACUUGGAUGCACGUGCUUCCACCGGUGGCGGUGCGCCUGGCUAAAAGCCCCUUGACCCAAAGCCUGGAUUUGCAAAGUCUCAGAACGAUCAUUUGCUCGGGUUCGCCGCUCGGCGAAGACCUCGUGGCAGUCUUACGGAGACGGGCUCCGGAAGUGGUCAUCACUCAGAAAUACGGCUCGACGGAAGCCACGGUGACCUUUUUGAAGAGGAGCGUCGCAAACAGCCGCGGGGCGAGCAUCGGAAAGCUGUACCCAGACAUGGAAGCACGUGUCGUUGACGAUGACAUGCUUGAUGUUGAGCCUGGCAAGGUUGGGGAACUGUUAGUGAGGGGUUCAUCUGUCUUUAUGGGCUACAAAGACAAUCCGACAGCUACACGCGAAGCUUUCCACGACGGCUGGGUAAGAACAGGAGACCUCGUCCGCUGCGAUGAAGAAGGGUACUUUUACAUCACUGGCAGAAAGAAGGAACUCAUCAAGUACAAAGGGUUUCAAGUGGCACCCACCGAGCUCGAGGAGAUUUUGACUUCCCAUCCCUUGGUUCAGGAGGCCGGGGUAACAGCACAUUAUGACGAGGCACAGGCGACCGAAGUUCCCAAUGCGUAUAUCACGUUGGCGGAUGGGACUCGAGGACGUCAGGACGCCAAGGUGCUGGCGGCAGAGAUCCGCGCCUACGUGGACGGCAAGGUCGCUCCCUAUAAGCGGCUUCGCGGGGGCGUUGUCUUCCUCGACACUAUGCCGAAAACCAACAGUGGGAAGAUCCUACGGCGACUGUUGUCCAAGGCGAAACGCAUCUCGACUUCAGAAUCAAAGCUCUGA